AUGGGUGCAAUCUCCAUCUUAACGGCGGGUCUGAUAAAGACCAACUCCCACAAUGAACUCUUGCCAGGAGAGGCAUUUGUCGUCCGUUUCAAGAAUCCAUGCCGCAACUACCGCACCGACAUCUGGCUCGCGAUCAUCCUCAGCGAAGAGCUUGGACCUGGAAAGCACCUUAGCGGACGCAUGAAAGGUGCCAAGGGUGCCGAUGGCACAUGGGACACCACUCCGAACGAGCGGGUCUACCCACUAUACAUGCCCGGACGCAACAGCUAUCGUUGGUCGCACGUUAGCCACCUAUUCAAACUCCCAGGCCAAGUCCCACCAACUUUCGACCGUACCAGUACCCGUGGUGAUGCGGAUCUCUUUCGGAUGCUGCAAAAGAUUGCGCUCAAGGCUCCAGGUUGCACUUUCUGGGAGAGCAUGGCCGAAAAGGAGAUGACAAUGAAGGGGAAGCGGAGCAGGGAGUUGUCAUUGAUUUUGCCAGAUGGGUACGAAGAUAUCCUUUUGGGUGUCAAGGAUUUGCCGGAAUUUUCAGGGAUUAGUCGGAAACCUGGAUAUCGAUCUGGCUCUGCUACCACCGAUGCUGCUUUUUCUAUGCUACCACCCAAGACACAAGAGUCUACGACCUCGCUCUCGACAGCCAAGAAUCUAGAUACUGCUAGCAACGGGAGGGCUACUAACGGGGGCGAUGGCCUUACAUACCUCAGCUUUCCUAAAGAAAACUACGCGUUUGGCUACACCAACUCAUCGUCUUCUUUUGCGACCAGUUCCAGGAAGUUUGAUGGCUCCAGCUCCAGCUCCAGCUCCGCGUUGGGCAACCGGCAAGUCAAUCCCUUUUCCCAGGUCCCGAAGAAAUUAUUUCUCAAAGUCAAAGAUGGAGCUGAGAAUGGGAGAACGAGUGCCGAUAUUCUUCAGCUAAGUCUAGAGGCAUCAGUUAGGUCAUGGGUGCUGGGAAAACCCGAGGCAGAAGAGAUCCAUUCCUUCUUCAAUCAUAUCGUUCAGCUUCCAUCUCAACCGGAAUUCACACAUAUAAAGUCGUUUUUCCUGACCUCUGAAUUCAAACCUCGCCUGGUUCAGGUCAAUACCCCGGUGGAUAGUGACAACACCCAGGAGGAGAAACCCGCGCUCGAAGUCGGUGAUGUCAGUGGCAUCGGUCGACACUGGCAAUUGCAAGACAUCCGCACUUCGGAUGACUUAUGCGAGGUGAUCCUCUCUCUCGGGAAUCUCUAUACUUUUGCUCGUCGCUUGAACCUGAAUGAGCUGAUCAGAAUGAUCGCGUUCAAGCUGCAGGUUGCCUGGAAUUCCUACCCAGGCCUUUGCCAACUUGAGCCUCUGCUCGAUAUUAUUCUGCUGGUGUUUACGAAUAAUUGCUCAAUGAAAGACCAUUUGCAAGAGUGGAUUCUCAAAUUCGUUGCCGAUGUGCAAGAUCUGCUGCUGCUCGCUUGUUCGGUCAAGUACCAGAUUGUCAUGCGUGAGCUUCCGAGUUUAUACAAUGCUGUCUCUGAUCUGCGUAUGCAGCUUGUCUCCAAAUCGCCGCAGAAAUAUACGGACCAACGCCGUCUGCUUGAGAGCCGUGGGAUUGAUCAACUUUGA